AUGCAGCUAGUUGCAUAUCGACAGCUGAAGCAAGAACUAAAGAUGUUUCAUAAAAGUGUUCUUAUACUUUCACUCUGGUGUAUUUUAUCUGCAAUUUGGCCAAAUGAAGCAACGGGAGGUAAAGAUACCCAUCAAUUAGAAGGGCGAGAGCAAAAAGAACUGGACAAACAUGGUCCUCGUCCUCCGAAUACGUUUGAACUAAUGCAAAGUAAAAUGGAACUGCCACCUUUAGAGUUGAUUACUUACGGACCAACACUCGUAUUUGAAGGCGUUGACUAUGAUCUACUUCCAACAGGCAUUUAUCCAAUUUACUAUGAUUGUUACUACUUACACACGAAAUGUGUUCGAGAUCUCGCCAAUUUUAAUGAACUUUGCGCUUAUCAUAGAAAGCUUAAAAAAUGGCUCAGUUUUGCUACCUUUUGUGAUGUUGACCUAACAAAUUGUCUCCAUCGUGAGGAAACCGGCAAAGGAAUAUUUGGUCAAGACAUGGCGGAUGACACUUUGUUCGUCCAAGCUGAGGGAUAUGAGUGUAAGGGAAAUCAGUGA